AGAGAGAGAGAGAGACAGUCAGAGACAAAGAGAGGGAGAGAGGGAGGGAGAAAGUCCAACACUGCUACUGAAACGUGUCAGCUGUUGGUUAAGGGAGGCUGAAGAAGGGAGGUAGAGAGAGAGAGAGAGAGUAUGUAUACCAGCGGGGUUGAGAGACCUUCCUCUCACCAGCGGAGCAGCAAGAUGAAGAGUUUCAUCACAAACACCCUCUCUGACUUCUUCUUCGAGUACGAGACCCCCCGUCAGGUGCUGGUACGGAGCAGAAGGGUGGGGGUCGUGUGCCGAUUGAUCCAGCUGGGGGUCCUGGCUUACAUCAUCGGGUGGGUGUUCAUCUAUGAGAAAGGCUACCAGUCGUCAGACACGGCCGUGGGUUCUGUCUUGACUAAGAUGAAGGGGGUGGGUUACACCAACGUGACCGGAGAGGAGAGGAUCUGGGACGUGGCCGACUAUGUCUUCCCUGUACAGGGAGACUCUUCUUUUGUGGUGAUGACCAACUACAUUAUGACCGAAGGUCAGAAAAUUGAAAAAUGUUCUGAGCCCCAAAACUUGAAGAGUCCAUGCAGCUCCGACGCAGACUGUGAAGGAAGAUCAGAACGUACGGGAGAUGGUCAUCUGACGGGGAAGUGUUUGGUGAACACAACCAAGAUGUGUGAGGUGCUAGCCUGGUGUCCUGUGGAAGAUGACCGCUAUAUCCCAGAUCCUGCGCUGUUGAUGUCGGCAGAGAACUUCACACUGUUCAUCAAAAACACAAUCAACUUUCCAGAAUAUGGUGUUACGAGGUGUAACCUCGUAGAAGGUAUCGACAAUGAAUACGUCAAAAGUUGCCUGUAUGACCCAAAGACGUCCCCACUGUGUCCAAUUUUCAGACUGGGCGACUUGGUACAGCUGUCUGGCUUCAACUUCUCCGCCAUAGCCAAAGUGGGUGGGGCGAUUGGUAUCAUCAUUGAUUGGACCUGUAACCUGGACCAUGCCCAGUCAGACUGUAAACCGAUCUACUCCUUCCACGGUCUCUAUGGAAACCCCGACGAGAAAGACACGGCCAGAGCAUCUGUGGGAUACAACUUCAGGUAUGCAAAGCAUUAUAUGGAGGACAAGCAGGAGAAAAGAACGCUUCUGAAAGUGUUUGGGAUUCGAUUUGACAUCAUUGUUCGUUCAGUGGCCAGAAAAUUUGAUAUCAUUCCAACACUAACAGCUAUAGGAUCUGGUGUUGGCAUCUUUGGAGUGGCGACUGUAGUAUGUGAUCUGAUUCUCCUGUAUCUACUACCCAAGAGGGAAUUCUACAACAACAUGAAAUUCAAGGUCACUGAAACGAUGGAGAAGGAACCUUUAGAUGAGCUCAAGUCUGAAAAAGAAGUAUCCAAGAAGCAUUCAGAAGAGGUUCUAGUGCAUCACGAGGCACCGCUGUCAGAGACUUAGCCCUACAGCAGCUGCCGGGAUCAGAUCAGUCUUAAGGAGUGAUUCUGCAGAGGGGUCCUGACUCCUGGGCUCCAGUCUGCAGUAACAGGUGUCUGCGACUCCAACAAACUGACUCCAGACUGCACUGAGAAAUGUACAUUUUUAAAUGAUUAAACAAGUGUGAUGGUUUUC